CGAAAGAGCAGCCCGUCCGGGCUUAUCUGAUAUCUCCAUUCCAAACCGGCAAACCCUAGACAUCUCUCUCUCUCUCUCUCUCCUCGAUCACGCCUGCAGGAAACCGAGUCUCUCUCUCUCACCUCGAUCGCGCCUCCAAGCAACCGAGUAUUGUCUGUCUGCCGACUUCUCCAGCCCACCAAGCAGCGUUCCUUCGAAGCUCACCAAGCAGUCGUUCCUUCGCAGCUCACCAUAGCAGUCCAGCUCCAUCCACCGUCCACGAUAUAAAGGAAAGAGGAAACAGAUGGAUCCGGAUUCAGUGAAAUCAACUCUGUCUAACUUAGCAUUUGGAAAUGUGAUGGCAGCUGCUGCUCGUGAUUAUCAGAAGGAGUUGCUUGCUCAAGGGAAGCCACAGGCAUCAAGUUCUUUCAACCAGGAGGUCGACCUUGAUGAGUUGAUGGAUGACCCGGAGCUGGAAAAAUUGCAUGCAGAUCGGAUUGCAGCUCUCAAGAAAGAAGCUGAGAAGCGGGAAGCAUUAAAAAGGCAAGGGCAUGGAGAAUACAGGGAGAUUACUGAGGGGGAUUUCUUGGGCGAAGUUACCAGUAGUGAAAAAGUGAUUUGUCAUUUCUAUCAUCAGGAGUUCUAUCGCUGCAAGAUAAUGGAUAAGCAUUUGAAGUCCCUAGCACCAAGGCACAUUGGUACAAAGUUCAUCAAGCUGGAUGCAGAGAAUGCACCCUUCUUCAUUGCGAAACUAGGAGUCAAGACUUUGCCUUGUGUCAUAUUGUUCAGACAUUCUUGUCACAAUUUUUACUCAGGAAAGGAAUCGCAGUUGAUAGGCUGGUUGGAUUUCAAGAUCUUGGAGGAAAAGAUGAUUUCACCACAAAGACAAUGGAAGUGCUACUAAUAAAGAAAGGUAUUAUUAGUGAGAAGAAAGAAGAUGAAGAUGAAGACAACGAUGGAAAUCAUGAAAAUAUGCGCAGGGCAGUGAGAUCCUCAAUGAAUCCUGAUUCUGAUUCCGACUGAAAAUGGAAGAAUUGCACUUAGUCUACAUGGAUUCUCAUUUUAGGUCAUUUGGGUGAGGAGAGGGUUUUAAACGCGUGUGUUGUUAAAUUCACUUAUAAUUAAUUUGGAUUUAUCCCAAUGGCUUUCUUUUUGGAUUCUGAUUACUAAAUACUAAUUUGGGGAAUUUCUAUGUGUGUGGAGUGUUUAUGGGACACCAAGGAUUCAUGAAAGUAAUGGAUGGUUACAAAAAGGUGUAGUUCUUGUUUGGUUA